GCUGGUCUGUGACUGAGGACACAAGAACAAGAUAAGGUGGAACGCAGUAAUUUCCAGAACAAAUGUUUCCGGACGACGAUAUUUUCCUCCAGGACUGUUUUGGCUCGCGCUGAACUUAUUUUUUAAUUUUUUGUACUUUUUUCGUCGUGUGAAGAUCAAUGGCUGUGCCAGGACCAAAUAAGGACAAUAUCAGGGCUGGAUGUAAAAAGUGUGGAUACGCGGGUCAUUUAACAUUCGAGUGUCGAAACUUUGUGCGAGUUGACCCCCAGAAAGACAUAGUUCUGGACGUAAGCAGCACCAGCACAGAGGAGAGUGAAGACGACAUCCCUGUUCCUCCCAGCAGAGAGAAGCUAGGAAGGAGGGGUCAGCAUCAGAAAGCUUCCGAUGAUGAUGAUGAAAGAAAAAAGAGGCGUAAAAGGAAGAAGAGCAAGGACAGAAAGUCAAGAAAAAGAUCUAGUUCAUCUUCAACUGAAGAAGACGCCCACAAAAAGCGGAAGAAACGCAGCAGAUCCCAUUCGGCUUCAGACCAAGAAGAGAGGCGCAAGAAGAAGAAAGAUGGUCACAAGAAGAAAAGCAAAAAGACCAAAAAGGAGCAUGGAAAGCAUCACAAGAAGAGAUUAAAAAAGAGGAAACAUGCUUCGUCAUCUUCCUCCUCUAGCUCCUCUGACUCUUCAGAAUCUGACUGAAAUGAGCAAUAACGCAGAUUCUGCAUACGUAGUGCAUCUCUAGCAAUUCAUGGUCCUGUUCCAUCAAAAUCUCCAUCAGGUUAGAGUUUAAAAUGUCACAGAAUAAAUGAAAACAUGUGCAUCUAAUAGUGACUUUUGGAUUUGUCUUUACCAAACCUUUUGGGUAAAAAUGUAUUUUUUUUAUUUUUAAAUAAAUCAACUAAGUGUAAGAUUUUCUGUGAAGUUUGAAGUUGUCCUAUCAGGUUGUCUACACAUCACUUUUGUUAGAUCAAGUGAGUUGUUUUAUUUCAUUUUAUUGUGUUACACUGGCAUAUCAACAAAGAAAAGCUAGUGAGUUUUAAUACAAAUCAUUUCCCUAUCAAAUCCUGUAAUCUCUGAAAAUCACCUGGACAAUCACCGGCCCACAUAGAUCCUCACUUAACAGCUUAUUCAUUCUUUUUAUUUUGUCUGGUAUGUUUUAUUGUAGUAAAAUGUUCAUCUGUUUCAGUA